UUACACCGUUGCCUCAUACCCAUUCUUAUCCGUUCUCAGAGUUUGCGCCACGACGGAAGUCAGUUUCCCGACUGUUUAAUGUUUUAUUCAUUAUUGUAACAGACAAAUCGUAACCGUCGUCCGGGUCGGGUCGUUACGCUGUAAUUUCUUGGCAAAAAAGCUAUCAAAACUGCACAGCGACUUUGGGUGGCUCUCAAAGGGGUGAACCAUCUGUCUUGGAUUUUUUGUGAAUUUUUCUUUUAAUUUUCACGCUAGAAGGCGGCCGUCCAGCAGGGCGUUACCAUUUUAUAUGACUUUUCAUCAACGUCAAGAAACAUCCAGGAUAUCCAGAGGGAAAGGAUCGGUGUAUUGCAGCAAAGGCGGCGGAGGGUGGACAUUGUCCAACGGUCCCAAGAUUGGCAGAACCAUCUCUUCCACGCAGAUCAAUCUUUCGCUAUCGACACCCGGUCGAACAAUAAUAUCGGUGUGGCGGUCAGGCUUUAUUGAAGGCAAGAGCGGCAGACAGGCAGCGUGUAUGAUCAUUGAAGACCACCCCCCUCUGCCCACCAGACCGAGGCAAAAUCCGCACCAAGAUACCACCCAACGUUUUCUAAACCAUCUGGUCCUGCCCAAACACAGGACCUCAAAAUUUUCCAGUAAUAGGCAUCGGAAGCUUCAACCAUUCAGGGAAACGUGACUGUCGUCACAAGGUAUCGCGGCAUACCGAACCGCAACAACGAAAAAAACCAGCCCUGACUUGACACGUUGUUUGCUACCGGUAGGUAGCCACUGCCAGGCAAGGUCGUCACUGCUCAGCAAUCAAACUGUUGCUCAAAACCGUCAAGAUAAAAUAUAGAAGUUUGAGGACGUUACCAACCUGAACUCCAGAGACAAGGUAUACGGCAAGAGCACAACGUAAAACAGUCACACAAGCUGCUUCUACGUUUCGCAAAAACGUCUCGUCAAAAGUUGUUACAGUUUGAACGAACUCAUAAAUUUGCGAGAAGUAGAAGGCGAAAAUACCAGACACCAUGGGGAGUCUAAACGUCAAUCGGGCUGUUAGCGAUGCCUUUUAUCGCUACAAAAUGCCUCGGAUCCAAGCCAAGGUAGAGGGCAAAGGCAAUGGGAUAAAAACCGUAAUCGUGAACAUGAUAGAAGUCGCCAAAGCAAUCGGGAGACCCCCAACAUACCCAACGAAGUACUUUGGAUGCGAACUUGGAGCUCAGACUCAAUUUGAUUUUAAAAAUGAAAGAUUCAUCGUUAACGGAUCUCAUGAUGCAACCAAACUUCAAGAUCUUCUCGAUGGAUUCAUCAGAAAGUACGUUUUGUGUCCGGCUUGUGACAAUCCGGAAACUGAACUGCUUAUCAGCGCUAAAAAGGGAACCAUUUCUCAGGGAUGCAAAGCCUGUGGUCAUCACAACCUCCUUGAAUUCAACCACAAACUGAAUACAUUUAUAUUGAAGAAUCCACCAAGCCUGAACCCAGCAGCCACAGGAAGUUCUCUUACUGAAGGAAAGCGCGGCAAACGUUCUAAAAAAGCUAACGGUGAUACUAACGGUGAUCGUUCAGGUUCCCCUGAAAAUGAAAACAGUACUACGGAUAUAAUAGUUGAAGCUCCGACUAAAAUUGCUGUUGAAGAUGAGUACGAUCAGUGGGCAGUUGAUGUCUCUGAAGAGGCAGUGCGAGCUCGGCAACAAGAUUUAACAGACGGAGCAAAAGGCAUGACUAUCAGUGAUGAUCUCGAAAAAACCGAGAAAGAACGAAUGGACAUUUUUUACGAGUUGGUCAAACGUCGACGUGAUGCUGGCCAACUUGAUAACCACAAAGAACUUGUUAGUGAGGCCGAGCGUCUUGAGAUCAAAUCGAAAGCCCCUUUGGUUCUUGCUGAGCUAUUGUUUGAUCAUGCUAUUGCUAUCCAAGUGAAAAAGCAUCGCGUACUACUACUUCGUUUUACUCACGACGAUGCUAAAGCACAGAAGUAUUUGUUAGGAGGCAUAGAACAGGUCAUCGCUCUCCACAAAGAUUCGUUGAUGCCAAAAGUUCCCGGAAUUCUGAAGCUUUUCUACGACUCUGAUAUAUUGGAAGAAAAAGCUUUACUCGAGUGGGCAAGCAAAGUUAGCAAGAAGUAUGUUUCCAAAGACUUGGCCCAAGAAAUUCAUGACAAAGCAGCUCCAUUCCUAACGUGGUUGAAAGAAGCUGAAGAAGAAGACUCGGAUUCCCAGGAAGAAGAUGAUGAUCUUGAGAUCGAAUACGAUGAUAGAGCCAAGCAACCACUGAAACAACAGCAGCAGCAGCAACAGCAGCCCACCAAGAAACCUGUUAUUGAUGACUCAGAAGAAGACGAUGUUGACAUUGAUGCAAUUUAAAGAGUACGGAAAUUUGUUGAUUGAACAAAAAAAAGUAUGCCUAGAACAGGGAAGUUGUCUUAGCACAAUGUCAGUUUAUAUUAGAAUUUCUUACUUUACUGUACUAGUAUUCACACCACAGUUUACAUCGCGCAUACUUUGCUUAAAUAAUUACCUUCAAUGAGAAUCAAUUCGUAACAAUUUCUCAAGUUAUUCCAAAUAAAAAUUUUCUUUGGCCUAAAUAUAUUAGCAGUAAACUCUGCUUGAGGAUAUUUCAAUUUGUUGCAAUUUUUAAUUGCAUUUUAUGGAAUAUAUUAUACUAAAAAAAAAUGUUGACCACCAAAUAGUUCAAAUUUUGAAGUAAUUCUAAUUUAUUAUCAAUGGUUCUAUGAUAUUUCGUUCUCAAUUUAAUAUUGCUAUUAUUCAUUUCGAUCGUAUUUUACCGUUGUCAAAUAAUAAUUAAUAUCCACUCCCGUAAUGUAUCAAUAGUUACAUCCGUUAAGACGAAGUUGGCCUGCUGAGAACGUUCGUUAUUGUACAUCAAUUUCCUAUUCUGAUGAUAAUUAUUCAAAUAAACGUUUAUCGCAAUUGAA